CAGAGCUACACCCCCACAGUGUUUGAGCGGCUCAACGUUAAUCUGCAAAUGAAGGGAAAACCUGUGAACCUCCAAAUCUGGGACACGGCAGGACAAGUUGAUUAUGACCGCCUGCGGCCCCUCUUCUACCCUGACGCCAGUGUCCUGCUCCUCUGCUUCGAUGUCACCAGCCCACACAGCUUUGAGAACAUCUUUAACAGGUGGUACCCAGAGGUGAAUCACUUCUGCAAGCAGGUGCCCAUCAUCCUUGUGGGCUGCAAGACUGACCUGCGCAAGGACAGGUCACUGGUGAAGAAGCUGCGGAAAAAUAAGUUGGAGCCUGUGACCUACCACAGGGGCCAGGAGAUGGCGAGGUCCGUGGGUGCAGUGGCCUACCUCGAGUGCUCUGCGCGGCUCCAAGAAAACGUGCACGCGGUCUUCCAGGAGGCAGCCGAGGUGGCCCUCAGCACCCGCAGCCGCAACUUCUGGCGGCGGAUUACCCGGAGCUGCUGCGUGGUGAUCUGACUGUGUGGGGCCCUCCCUGCCCAGGCCGCCCAGCAGCACCAGACGGAGCUGGGCGCUGACCUACUGCUGGACCCAGUUCCCAGGUUGUGACCGAACUGUCCUUCAAACAGAUGGUGUCCUUCAAACAGAGGCCGGGCCCCAGACCCCUCUGAGGCACAGGGGAUUUCGUACCAGCCUCCAACCCUUUGACUGAGAUCCCUAGACUGAAGCAAAACCCUUCAGAGGAGUGAGGAAGGGGGUUCCCAGGCCCACCAGCCCUGUGGAGGGCUAGUCCUGGAGUCCCCUAGAAUCACACUCCAAGCUCCCAGCCCUGGACCGCACAUCCUGGAGCGGCCACGCAGCCUGGCGCCACCUCGCGGCUCUUCCCGGGGCUGCACCGUCAGCACCUUCAAGCAGCACCUGGGACCACCCCCACCCCGACCAGAACUCACACCUGGCUCCUUACCCCUUCGUCCUGCCCUUCCCAGUGGUAACUGUAACAACUAAAACGACAUCACCUGUCAA